AUGCCUGGCAUCAAAUCCCUGCUCUUUCCAUCAUGUUCCAGUGCCUCUGAAAUGCUCAGCUUUACAACCAUGACACCAACAAGUUGCUGUGAGGGUUUGAACAUGAGUACCCAGCCACACACAGUGACCAAGGCAGAGAUACCUGGCCACAUUCUUUACACCGUAGGAACAUGUGUGCUCAUUAUUGGCUCCAUUGGCAUAAUUGGAAACCUCCUAGUCCUCUACGCAUUUUACAGCAACAAGAAGCUGAGGACUCCCCAAAACUACUUUAUAAUGAAUUUAGCUGUGAGCGACUUCCUGAUGUCGGCUUCUCAGGCACCCAUAUGCUUUGUCAACAGCUUGCACAGAGAAUGGAUACUUGGAGACAUAGGUUGUAACUUGUAUGCUUUCUGUGGGGCUCUCUUUGGGAUAACCUCAAUGAUGACUCUGUUGGCUAUCACUGUUGACCGCUACCUGGUGAUCACAAAGCCCCUGCAGUCCAUCCAGUGGACUUCCAAGAGACGCACAGUGCAGAUCAUCGCCGUGGUGUGGCUCUACUCACUGGGAUGGAGUGUGGCUCCACUCCUUGGCUGGAGUUCCUAUGUGCCUGAGGGCUUGAUGAUAUCCUGUACAUGGGACUAUGUAACCUACUCCCCUGCAAACAGAAGUUACACCAUGAUGUUAUGCUGCUGCGUGUUUUUUAUCCCCCUGGUAAUAAUAUUCCACUGCUAUUUAUCGAUGUUCCUGGCCAUAAGGCGUACUGGCAGAGAUGUUCAAAAGCUGGGGUCCUGCAGCCAGAAAUCCUACCUCUCUCAGUCCAUCAAGAAUGAGUGGAAGCUGGCAAAAAUUGCUUUUGUGGUCAUCAUUGUGUUUGUCUUGUCCUGGUCUCCAUAUGCUUGUGUCACCUUGAUUGCCUGGGCAGGUCAAGGCAACAGCCUAACACCAUAUUCCAAAUCUGUGCCAGCAGUUAUUGCCAAAGCUUCUGCAAUCUACAACCCCAUCAUAUAUGCAAUAAUUCACCCAAGAUACAGAAAAACCAUCCACCAAGCUGUUCCCUGCUUGAGGUUCCUGAUUCGAAUAUCAAAAAAUGACCUUCUGAGGGGAUCCAUAAAUGAGUCAUCAUUCAGGACCUCUCUCUACAGCCACCACUCUUUUGCUGGCAAGACCAAGAGCACUUGUGUUUCCUCCAUUUCUGCUGGAGAAGCUACCUGGAGCAAUGUAGAGCUCGACCCUGUAGAGCCAGCUCAAGAAAAACUGAAGCCUCACCGAAGUCAUUCUUUCUCCACAAGUCUGAGACAAGAGAAGGGAGACCUGCUCCCAAAGACCUGCAGCUACGAUGCAGCCACUGCCCAAAAGGUUUCACUCUCCUCCAGCUGUUUGGAAAAGGUGCUUGGACAGCCUGUCCUACCCAGUCCUUCUGCAGGAUGCAUGACCAGCUCCCUGAGAGCAACUUCUCUGCCUGUCAGAUUGAAUAGCAGCAGUGUCACUAGUGGAGACUCAAGUACUUCCCAUAUGGCAACUCAAGGAAGUCAAGGGAAUGGAGUUGUGGAUUCUCUCAUUAGCAAUGCAGUCCCUCGCAUCAUCAUCAUUCCUACCUCAGAGACCAAUCUGUUUCAGGAAGAACUGGAAGAGGAAGAGACUGAAUUAUUCCACUUUCAUGACAAAAAGGGCAAUCUGCUGGACUUGGAAGGGCUUAGCUCAUCCAUGGAGUUCCUUGAAGCUGUUGAGAAAUUUCUAUCCUAAGUUUGCCAAAAGAAAACUUCCUGGUAAUUAUUUUCUUGGCAUCUUCUCCACUUAAUUAUACCAAAUAACUGAAGCCUUGUAGGUUAGAUCAUCAGAUUUUUUUUUUUUUUUGUAUCUUUAUAUAGCAGUCACUAGGCAGCCUUCAGAUUUAUCUUUGUCCAAACCAGCUCAGGCAUGGAAACAGGCAUUCUUUCAGAUUGUGCUACAGGAAAUGAGCAGUGGAAGAUCUGGCAGCACAAUCAAGUGGCACUGGUCAAGGAGGCCGCCUGAUCUGUUGCCACUGACAGGGGUGCCAGCAGAAGGGAAAACAACUGAGUGAGAGCAGGGUCAGUUGCUGAAUGCUUCUGCUAUCUGCAAAUGGAAGAGCAUUCCUGUUUUGGCAGCUCUGCUCUGGACAGUGAUGGGAAGCACUGCAAGACCGCAGCUUCCACCAGUCCCAGCAGUAAGGCAGAUGGCUACAUGACCUCAACUAGAGUUUAAUCAAAUAAUUCUCAGCAUUAGUUUUGCUGUGUUUUAUUUUUUUAAAUAGGCAUUGUGCUAAACAAAAAGAAAGAAACUGGUGGUUUUUCACUGGGAAGUGACUACUUCCCAGUUUCUAAUCCACUGAAGUUUAGUGGUAGAAAUCUAGAUUUUACCAUUUCACCUAAAUGUCAAAAUGCAAGGUGCUAUAUGCUAAAACAUACACUAGAAGCAUUCAGAGUACCUUCAGAGUUACAGUCCUGAUUAAAUAUGUAUGUAUCCUGAUGAGUCUGUGAUUGAAAGGGUGAAU